AUGAGUCGCCAAUCAAACCGUCCUACAUCAAUCAGUGGCAAACGUACUUCUGUUCAAACACCUAAUCGAGCAGAUACUUCAAGUCCUACGUCUUAUAAAUCAUAUCAAUUAGAUAAUAAUAUUAACGGAACCUUACCAAACGAAACACGUAAUGAUGCAUAUUUUGCAAAUCUUGGACGUGCAAAUGAAAACAGACCGGAUAAUGUACCACCAAGUCAAGGUGGAAAAUAUACUGGAUUUGGUAAUCCUGCAUUUACGAAUGAACCUUCAACGACCUCAAAAUCUGCACCGGAUCUAGACGAAUUAAUAAAAAACCCUGUUGGUGCUUUGACUAAAGGUUUAAACUUUUUGGGAUAUCAUGUUGUAGAAGGGGCUAAAUUAGCUGCGCAAGGUGCAGAAACCUUAGGACAUACUGUUAAUGAGCACGUGAUAAAGCCUACUACCGACAAAGUCAGAGAUCCGGAAUUCACUCAACAGAUUUCUGG